CGCUUACGUAAAAGGGGCGGAGUCGGAGGUUUAUAACGCCGGUCCAACGUGCGGCUGCAACGUAUGCGACGGAACACCCCGAAGAGGAGGAAGUGGGUCGUAAACCACGCUGACGCUCCCGCGUAAUUUAGAGCCACGAUAAAAACACGAAGUUCUUCUUAAAGUUUCCUUUUAAAAAGUCGAGUCAUUUUUCAGCAACAUGGCGGAGAAGGUUGACCUGGAGGAAGCGAAGGCGUCCAACGGCGAGGCGCACCGCGACGGGCCGCUCGCCAACGGCUUUACCGGGCAGCGGAAGGGCAGCCCGGAGCCGAUGUCCGAGCGGGUGAAGAGGAUCGUCAGGGCGAAUCUGCUGGUGAUCCUGACCGUGGCCGGGGUCAUCGUGGGGGUCUUCAUCGGGCUCGGCGUGCGCACCGCGUCGCCGACCCUCACCCAGAAGAUCUACAUCGGCUUCCCCGGCGAGAUCCUCAUCCGGCUGUUGAAGAUGAUCAUCAUCCCCCUGGUGGUGUGCAGCCUGGUGUCCGGGGCGGCGAGCAUCGACCCCAAAGCUCUGGGAAAACUGGGUGGCUGGGCCAUGCUGUUCUUCUUGGUGACCACCUUGAUAGCCUCGAGCAUCGGGGUGGCGAUGGCGUUCAUCAUCCAGCCGGGAAACGUGGAAGUGAACACCACCGCGAGCGCCGAAGACAUGGACGACGCGAUCCCGGCGAACAAAGAAGUUAUUGACUCCUUCUUAGACCUGAUAAGAAACAUUUUCCCCUCCAACCUGGUGUCUGCUGCCUUUCAGUCGUAUGGAACCUCUUACAAGAUAAUGAACAAGACCGGAAUCGCAGAGAAGGUUCCCGUUGGAACGGAUCAAGACGGGAUGAACAUUCUUGGACUGGUGGUGUUCGCCAUCGUUUUCGGUGUGGCUCUGAGGAAGCUGGGCGAAGAAGGAGAAAUCCUCAUCAAGUUCUUCAACUCCUUCAACGAGGCCACCAUGGUGCUGGUGUCCUGGAUCAUGUGGUACGCCCCUAUAGGUAUCAUGUUCCUCGUCGCCGGUAAGAUUGUGGAGAUGGACGACGUCGCCAAGCUGUUUGCCAGCCUGGGAAAAUACAUCGCCUGCUGCAUGAUUGGCCACGCCAUUCACGGCGGGCUGGUGCUGCCCCUCAUCUACUUCAUUUUUACCAGGAAGAACCCCUACACCUUCCUGUGGGGCAUCUUCACAGCCUUGGCCACGGCGUUUGGAACGAGCUCCAGCUCUGCCACCCUGCCCCUCAUGAUGAAGUGCGUGGAGGAGAAAAACGGCGUCUCCAAGCACAUAAGCCGCUUCAUCCUGCCCAUCGGCGCCACGGUCAACAUGGACGGGGCCGCGCUCUUCCAGUGUGUGGCGGCGGUUUUCAUCGCCCAGCUUAACGACACCAGUCUCAACUUUAUCCAAGUCAUAACCAUCCUUGUGACGGCGACGGCGUCCAGUGUUGGAGCUGCAGGUAUCCCUGCAGGCGGGGUGCUGACCCUGGCUAUCAUCCUGGAGGCAAUUGGACUGCCCACCAGUGACAUCUCUCUCAUCCUGGCUGUUGACUGGCUUGUUGACCGCACCUGCACGGUGCUGAAUGUGGAGGGCGACGCCUUUGGCGCGGGGCUCCUGCAGCACUUUGUGGACAAAACCUCCAAACACGAAGGCGUGGAGGAGCUCAGCGAGGUCAGGAUGGGCGGAGAUGCGUCCGCCGCCAUGCCCGAGCACUCGCCGCUCAUCGAUAAACGAGGCUCGGAGGGCGCAAAAAGAGACCUCUCCUCCGAGAAAGAGUCGUCCAUGUAACGCAGAUGGCGACUUCUACCGCAAACCCUCCUAGAAACACAAAACUUAAGCUCCCACUGUUAAGAUGAGAGUCCAAGGAGAGACAUGCACACUACAAUGCAAAGCAACGCUCUCAGACCUCAAAUGCUUUUCCGGACGGGGUGCAGCUAACGUCUUAUGGGAUACAUAGAAACCAUGAUACACUCAGUGGGUUAUUUAAUUUUUUUAGGGGAAUAUGAGACUGAUUUUUUUUUUUUUUUUUUACAUCUCCCUUUUGUUUGUUUGAUGUAUUCGGUUGGUCUUCUCUGAAAUCAGAUUGAAAGGUUUCGUAAGCCACUUAAAAGAAAACAGACCAUUUCCAUCGAGGAGCGCAUAUUCAUGCCGGACAAAUGAAUAUGAAUGUCUGUUUCUAAAGCGUUCUUCUACCGUCAUUGUGCGUCAUUGUUCUUCUGAAAAACUGUCUUUUUGUACAUAUAUUUAAAAAACACACCACAAAAUAGCGUCCAUAGUUACAUUUUUCAAUUUAAACGUGUCAGGUUUUGUAAUGCCGCAUGUAAAACUAAAGCAAUAAGAACAAUAUAUUUUUUUUCCGAAUGGGAUCCAGAUUAGAAAAUUGAAAAAAAUAAAUAAUAAAUAUAGCCACUUUCAUGCAGGUUUCUUCCAGUGGAGAGUUUCAUAGAUUUGCAUCGAUGCAGCGGUGCUCAAGUGUUACAAGCUGUGCAGUGGAUAACAGUCCUGUUCUUGUUUUUGUUUGACUUCGCAUUGUUAAAAUUAAGAGUCCUUAAGCCUUUUUGAUUUAGAACUGUGACCAAUCAUUCGUGACCAAUCGUUUUAUCGGCUCUUUCAGGUGUUUCGAUUGAAGUAGACACUUUGAAGAGAUAAACGAUCUACAACACGCUGCUGUAAUCUGUAGUCGUUGCCCUAAACAAGAUGAUCUCUGAGCAAAAUGCUACUUACUGUACAUGUGGAGGAGGCAGUUUUGCUCCAUGCUGCUCACGGUGAAGCACACACAGCUGCUCAGUAGUAGAGGCUUUGCUUUCUCAUUUGCUUUGACUAUCUGAAACUGUUUUGGCUAACUUUGCUGGAACACGCGGAAGCCUGACUGGCGGACAGAUUGAAAGUAAAGUCCAGUCCGAUUUUAAUUCACGAUAUUAGAAAAGCACAAUCAAAGGCACAAUCUGUAAUUAUCUGCUCUAUUAUUGGAAGCAUGCUUUUGUACUGUAACUGGUUCCUUUACAUCUUUUAUUUUAGUAUCCCAUCCUUUGCAGAGAGCACAAUGAUUCCUUCACCUUGGUGAUGGAGAUCCACCUCCCCAUGCUGCAAGGACGUAGUUCAUCUAUCCGCCUUACACCUGCUUUGAAACGGCCAAGAUGAUAUUUGGAAAAGAUGUUUUACAGUUAGUUUAGUUUAGUUUUUGUCUUGUUGCUUGGAGGGUGUUUAUAGAAGGCUUAUUUUUUGGUCUUUUAUAAUUGUGGUUAUUCAUAACCAAAUGUUCUCUUACUGUAUGUUUUCCCCAUGCUUUUUAAGGGGCGGGAGGACAAAUAUAGUUGUUAUUGUAUUCCAAAGGCUACUAGAUGAAAUAUUAGCUGUGGUAUUGUCCCAAAGGAAAAUGAAGGAGCACAAACGUUCUGACUCGUCUCUCGAGACGGACUUUACCUUCUUAAAAAGACAACGGAGCCUCAGGUUUGACGUUCGCCUUGUUCUUCAGGUACUGUAAGACCAAAAAAUCAAAGUCGGCUUAAUGAAGGAGACGCCUGGACUUUUUUUUUAUUAUCAAUUAUUAUCUCUACUAAUUUUGGAUUUCUCUCUUGUCGCCUCCCCUGACUGCCCCACACGCUGCUGCUUCUGUGCAGGCUGCAGCUUUUUACCAGAGUAUAAAUAGAGUGAUGACUCCAGUUACUUGCAUAAUGUAUGGUAUGCAUACUGUGUCCGCCUUGUCCGUUCUCAAGUUGCCUUCGACUGCCGACGCGUCUACAUUUUUAGUAUGGCAGCAGGACCGGACGGGCUGAUUUUACCGUUAAGCUGAAGACAUAAUGAACUUUGCAAAAGGAUGUCUUUUUGGGAGUUAUUUAUGUUUCGGAUAUUACAGCCACAAGAGGAAACACUUCUUCUUUGAAUGUCCAUUUGUAAUAGUUUAUAUUUAUUUUUAGUCCAAAUCUAAAGGAUUUUUUUUUUGCCAAUGUGCCGUGACAUAAUAAUAGAUCUGAUUUUGGUUUUUCUUUCUCCCAGAUGGAUGGUUGUAGAUUUGUUAGAUUUUGUCGCGCUUGUGUCUGAAGCGCAUGACUGACGUGUACGCUGAAGAAGUCCUUCUAGUUUAAAACAAUUUUUGGUAUGAUUGAUAUUUUAUGAUGUUUUAAGUGGGAAUGAUAGCAGCAGAAUUAAAUUUUUUUUUAUUUUAUUUUUUUUAAAGCAAAAUUUUGCCUUCGACGUAUGAAUAUAUGUAGUAGACCUGAAAUCUCAUCAUUUGUCCCGUAUGUUGUGGAAAUCUGAUGAAAUGUUCUGCAUUUUUCCAGCACGGCUGUUCAGCUGUUCCUCCAUUGAGAUUUCAAUGCCGUUUUCUUUUUCUCUUCUAAACAUCAUGCGGCGGUUUUGUUCAAUCACAUUAUUUUUGUUGCAAUGAAGUUCACUGUGACGAGGCUAUACUUUGAAAAAACACAAACUAAUUUGUACUGCCAGACUGUAGUCAUUUGGUUAAAAACAGUAAACUGUUCUUUCUUAAA